UACAGCGAUAUUUACGAAAUUGAAUUCGUGUAGUCUGUGAGGAUUAUUAUAUUACUAAUAUAAUAUAAAACAGGGGUUGAAUAGAAUUUUUUGGAUUUUAGAUUUUAAUUUAUUUUUCCGACCCAGCAAUCUUGGAACAAUUUAUUUCGAUGUAAUUCUAGUAACACUGUAGAUAAGGGGGUAUUGCUAGUUUUCUCUAGUUAUGAACCAAUUACUGCAGAAAGUGGGUAAAAAUGUUACUUAUCCCACUGGUCGAGUAAACGGAGCGAUAUGCGUCUCAUACGGCGACGACGACUUUGAUAGUUCGGACAGCGACGAUGGCGAGUGUACCGACAAACUCUAUGAACAAAAGUUUGUCGAAAAGGAACUUAAAAGAUAUGGGGAACCAACGAACACUGGUUUGCCUAAAGGAUUUGCUGACGAUGUGAGCACCUUUACAGGGUUUUCCGAAGUCGAUAGCAUGUUCACGGGUAGGAAAAGCUUGCCUGCCGAAGUCUACCGCACUUACAAUUUCAAACUAAACACGGACAUAAAGAAGCAACUGCCCAUCGACUCUUACAAACAACAGAUCCUGUCGAGGAUCGAUCUUAAUCAGGUGAUAGUUAUUGAGGGCCCGACUGGUUGCGGCAAGACCACUCAAGUGCCGCAGAUGAUUAUGGACAGUUUUCGCGAGAAAAAUAUGUACUGCAACAUCGUGGUCACUCAGCCGCGAAAAAUCGCUACGAUAAACGUUGCCAAAAGGGUUUGUCAGGAGAGAGGCUGGGCUUUAGGAACCGUUUGCGGGUAUCAGGUUGGUUUAGAGAAGAAGUUGUCCCCAGACGUCAUCAUCACCUAUAUGACAAUCGGGGUGCUGCUGCAGAAACUAAUACAGGCAAAGUCUUUGCGACAAUACACCCAUAUUGUUAUUGACGAGGUGCACGAGCGCAACCAGGAGCUCGAUUUCCUCCUGUUGAUUGUUCGCAAAUUUUUAUUUACUAAUUCCCCACAAACGAAGAUUGUGCUGAUGUCAGCCACCAUAAAAGCGGACGAGUUUGCAUAUUAUUUUCGCAGACAGACCUUUGGGCAGACCAUUCGGGCGCCUAUCAUUUCCAUCAACAAGGAGAGUCCCUACACCAAAACCAUUUUUUAUCUGGAACAGAUUGACAAGAUCAGCCAAAAUAUGCCAAAACUUGACUUAAUGCGGCCGAAUAUAUCAAACGAGGUGUGGAACGUGUUCCUGUUCCUGGUUGCCAUCUUUGACCGGCUCGAGCGAGGCGACUCAGGUAUGAACCGUAACGGCACGGUGCUCGUCUUUUUGCCCGGCAUCUAUGAAAUCGAAGAGGCGCAUAGCCGUCUUGCUCAAGAGGACCCCGAUGGCAAGAAAUGGGAUAUCAUACCCCUUCACUCGUCACUACCCAACGACGAGCAAGCUCGGGCCUUUAUGCCAUCCAAGUCCAACACCCGAAAGAUCAUCUUGUCGACCAACAUCGCUGAAAGCUCGGUCACGGUGCCUGACUCGUCAUUCGUGAUCGAUUUCUGUCAGACUAAAGUGAUGACUGUUAAUCCGGAGACAAAAUACUCGACCCUGAAGCUGGAAUGGGCGUCGCAUGUUAACUGUGACCAGAGGGCAGGCAGGGUAGGGAGGACGUGCGACGGUCGCGUCUACAGACUGGUCACCCGCGAAUUUUACAUGGAAAUGAACCGCCACGGCACGCCAGAGAUCCUCAACUCGCCACUGGAACACGUCGUUUUGCAGGCGAAAAUGCUCGAGCUGGACGAGACGCCUGCGCAGAUCUUGGCGCUGGCGAUGAGUCCACCCGCCCUCAGGAACAUCGAGACCACCAUUUGGCUGCUGAAGGAGAUCGGCGGUCUCUUGAAGACGUGUCGCGGCGUUCCCGCGAACGCUGACGGCGACAUAACCUUUUUGGGUCGCGUGAUGGCAGGCCUUCCCCUAGACGUCCAUCUGGCCAAGCUGAUUGUAUUGGGUCAGUUGUUUAGCUGUCUUGAAGAGACUAUAGUCAUAGCCGCCGGAUGCUCCAUCCAGAACAUAUUUUCCGUGCCGUUUCAGAGACGAUUGGACGCUUAUCGCAAGCUGCUGGUGUGGUCUGAUGGGUCGUGCAGCGACCUGAUAGCUUUGCUUAACCUGUACACGGUGUGGGUGAAUUUGAAGCGGGAGAACGCGUUCGCGUCCCAUAGAGAAGAGAUGUUCUGGUGCCGCACCAACCUGGUCAGCCUGAAGGGUCUGAAGGAGUGGAAUCUGUUGAUCAUGGAAAUUAAGCAGCGACUGGAGAGGAUGGAGAUCAAAGAGACCGACGGGCCAGGCAAGGUGACCUUAGGCGAUACAGAGAAGCCGAUGGUUUUAAAGGUUAUAGUGGCGGGCGCGUUCUACCCGAACUUCUUCAUCAAAACGCCUGAUUCGAGCCAGAUGACAGAACGAGAGGCGGUAAAGACGGUGGGCGGUCGGGACCCCUUCUCCACCGUGUACUUCACGGGGAUGGAUCCGAAGCAGCCGGGUCAGGUGUACGUCAGAUCGAUCAAACGGCUCAUCCGAGAGGACGGCGAACGGGAGACCGACGUGCAGAUCGGUUUCGACGGUAGCUCGAAAAUCUACGUCGAGUUCAAGGGGGCGGUGUCGCGCGAACCGAUCACCGUCAACGUUGAUGGCCACAAGAGGCUGACUAAUGUACCGGGACGCGUGCCGCUGCCAGUAUACGAGAUACUGCGCAAGCGCCAGCUGCACUACCCGUUCCAGCUGACUGUGUUGCCGUUCAACGAGGCGUGGGAGUUCGCCGAGAAGCACGGCCUGCGUCGGAACAUGCCGUCGGGCAAGGCAUUGUACCAGGAGCGACGGAACUGCUACUCGUCGGUGCAGUACUCGCCGUUACCCACGAUGGACACUACCUUCAUCUCGCUACAUAUAUCAAACUUUAUAAACACGGGGAAUUUCUGGGCGCAGAACGCUACCGAAGAAACGAAUGUGUACCUGCAGCAGAUCGAUGAGGCUCUUAAUAAGCAGGUGCUGAUGCAGGUGACCGAGACAGUCAAACUGGACAAGAUAUAUGCUGCCAGGUUCAGGGAGGACGGCCAGUUUUACAGAUGCAAGGUGCUGACGACGGGCGGGCGGGUCCAUCAGAUCAGAUUUAUCGACUACGGCAACCUACAAGAGGUGCAAACCGACGAGCUGUACUACGUACCGCAACGGCCACAGUGCGUGAUAGCGCCGCUUGCGUUCAAGUGCGAGCUGCACGGCGUGAAACCGACGUUUCGUUUCAAUCCGUCGGGUGUUUGGGACGAAGAAGUGAACACUGACUUUAAGAAAUUGACCGAAGGAAUCCUGCUGUACGGAGAAGUAUAUUCGGUGGUGGAAGACGUGGUGGAGCUUACUCUGUAUCGCAGCGAGAACAAGGAGAUCUCCUUGAACCAGUACUUGCUGAACAAACAUUUCGCGGAGGUCUGCGCGCCUAGUUUCCGGUCGGAGCAAAAUCACCAGCAGCGACUGGCGGUCCAAGCUGCCGAAAACCCCGACCAAGAGGCCAACCGGCUGGCAUACGACAAAAUCGUCAGCUACAGCGACUUCAUGGCGCCCCAGGUAGACCACGGACGUCACCACACGGUCAUCCACCUCCGCGGUCCAUUCAGUCCGCUCGAAGUCAAACUGUAUUGCUGCACGAUGGCGGGGAGCAGCAAGAGCGUCGACGUCGAGGGCACCUCUGUCAACGCCGUACUGCUGGACAACGAGCCGGAAAGUCCGCACGCGCGCCUCCUGGUGGCCGCGCACGUUAGUCAGACCGGCGACGGUAACCGACUAAAGCUUAGGCAGACAACGCUGAUGCCGAAUUUGCCAGGCCUGCCGAUGCUGCUGGCGGUCAUCUUUUGUCCGACGAUGGAACCCAAGCUAACCAACGACAACACGCUGGUGGCUGCCGUAUUGUGCGGUCUCGGGUGCAACGACACGACGGGCAAGCCCUUGUACCCCGUCCACGACAUAUGCCUGACGCUCGAUACAGAGCUGACGAUCGAGGAACUCGAAAUGAUCAACCGCCUUAGGUACCUAAUGAAUGCGGGCGUGAAGCUGCUGAACGACAUCGAACGGAACAUGUCUACCCAGAAGGAGUUAGUUAACACCCAGAUCAAAAUCAAGGAGCACCUGUUCAAGUUAAUCAAAAUGGAACGCGUACCGAUCGACCGGCGCAACGUCGCGCCGCGCAGUACCGCUUGGGGCAAACACGGAGGCCUAGGCUUGCUCAAACCGAGCAUGGACAAUGACGAGCAAGACAUCUGGGGCCUGUUGUGGUUCGUUAAGCUGGCGGGCCAGACCGAGGCGCUUAAGUGCGCCGCCACUAAUUUAGAAAUGAUGAAGGAUAUGAGUCUCGGCAUAAUACCAUUCGAGGAGAUCAAGUGCGUCCUUUGCGAAACAGAGCUGCUCUCAGUUUAUGAGGUCAGGCUCCAUCUGGUUUCGCCCCGUCACAAGGAAGCAGCAGAACGGUACCAGGAGCGGCUCGAAGAAAUUGACGAUGACGAAGAUGACGAAUGACCAUUUUUGAAAAGGCUUUUUAUACUUGUGCUUUUACGUUUAGAUUUAUGAUGGUUCGGUUUUUGUCCGGAUGUAUCUGACAGCUUUGAAAUGUUCAAGGCGUGUAUAAUAAAUGUU